CAACCCGCCACAGGAGGAAAUAGUGUUGUGAGCAGCGAGUGAAGUGGGACGGGGCUUGACACGAAAUCUGAGAUUUAAUUCUGCCUUCAGCCGCGCUCUGCUUCUGAUGAUGUAACGCUACAGUGCGCGAACAACUUUCUUCAACCAUGUUUUCGUAAACAGCUGGUAAACAUUUAUGAGGAUAAUCCGAGAGGAGAACGGAAUCUGCACAGCCCCACCGCUGGCCCCGUCGGCAAGAUCUUGUCGCCCUCACUCCUUGAAGACAGUCGCCACUCCAGUUUCCUGAUUAUGUGAAGCUGCAUUAGCAACAAACACAGUCUCAGAAAUAUCAGUCAGACACAAGAGUCAAGAUGUCGAUCACCAACACACCUACCAGCAACGAUGCCUGCCUGAGCAUUGUGCACAGCCUUAUGUGCCACAGACAGGGUGGCGAGAGCGAGACUUUUGCUAAGCGGGCCAUAGAGAGCUUGGUUAAAAAGCUAAAGGAGAAGAAGGAUGAGCUUGACUCCCUAAUCACAGCCAUCACAACCAACGGAGCCCAUCCCAGCAAGUGUGUGACCAUCCAGAGGACACUAGAUGGACGGCUACAGGUUGCUGGCCGGAAAGGGUUUCCUCAUGUAAUCUAUGCCCGGCUGUGGCGGUGGCCCGACCUGCAUAAGAAUGAACUAAAGCACGUCAAAUACUGCCAGUUUGCCUUUGACCUCAAGUGUGACAAUGUGUGUGUCAACCCCUAUCACUAUGAGAGAGUGGUGUCUCCUGGCAUAGACUUAUCAGGACUGACACUGACCCCGUCUGCAACCAGCUCAGCACUGAUGGUGAAGGAUGAGUAUGAUUUUGAUGGACCUCAGAGUCUACCCUCCAUCGACGGAGGGCACUCCAUCCAGACCAUCCAGCACCCCCCUUCAGGCAGCCGCCCAAACCCUGCUGAAUCAUUCGGCACCCCAAACCUGCUUCCACCUGCUGAGGCUUCCACCUCUGCCUCAACGUCGGGCUUUCCUGCCAUUGCUGCUGGAUCAGGCAGUGCCAGCGCAACCUGGUCUAGAAACAACAACUUUACCCCCAACAUACCCCACCACACCAAUGGUCAUCUACAGCACCACCCUCCUAUGCCACAUCCAACGCACUACUGGCCGGUGCAUAAUGAGCUUGCCUUUCAGCCUCCUAUAUCCAAUCACCCAGCUCCUGACUACUGGUGCUCCAUCGCCUAUUUUGAGAUGGAUGUUCAAGUUGGGGAGACGUUUAAAGUGCCCUCUUCUUGCCCCAUCGUGACUGUGGACGGCUAUGUCGACCCCUCAGGAGGAGACCGGUUCUGUUUGGGCCAGCUCAGCAACGUUCAUCGCACUGAGGCUAUUGAAAGAGCAAGACUUCACAUUGGUAAAGGGGUUCAGCUGGAGUGUAAAGGCGAGGGAGAUGUGUGGGUGCGAUGCCUCAGUGACCACGCAGUGUUUGUUCAGAGUUACUACCUGGAUAGAGAAGCAGGCCGAGCCCCUGGAGACGCUGUGCACAAAAUCUACCCCAGUGCUUACAUCAAGGUGUUUGACCUUCGUCAGUGUCACAGGCAGAUGCAGCAGCAGGCUGCCACAGCUCAGGCAGCAGCUGCAGCCCAAGCAGCAGCUGUGGCUGGAAAUAUACCUGGACCGGGCUCGGUGGGAGGGAUAGCUCCAGCUAUAAGUCUGUCAGCAGCAGCCGGUAUCGGUGUAGACGACCUCCGUCGGCUGUGUAUUCUCAGGAUGAGUUUUGUUAAGGGCUGGGGGCCCGACUACCCCCGCCAGAGCAUCAAGGAGACCCCGUGCUGGAUCGAGAUCCACCUGCACAGAGCCCUACAGCUAUUGGACGAGGUUCUGCACACAAUGCCUAUAGCAGACCCACAGCCUCUGGACUGAGCUCUUUAGAACUGCAGCACCACACUGCAACUUAAAGUGGUGAUGGAAAGUCUUCCUCAGUGAACUGGUUUGCGUAGAGAAUCUGAUGAAACAGCUGUGACUCUUGAAGCUGUCUCACAAUACGAAAAAACUUUCAGGUGUGUUUGAGGCACAUUUGUGCACUGUGGCUUCUACCUAUGAUGUCUGAGCAGAGUUGAUACUAAAAUGAACCAAAGCCAUGUGUUAAAGUUAUAACUCCCUGUACUUCUGAUACAUGGCUUUGAUUUUUGAUGACUGGAAUUAUGAACCUGGGCUAGAAAAAUAUUACAUUAAGUCAUAAAGCUCACUACAUGCAUAAAGAUGGCCUGCAGAUCUACAAAACUAGAAUGUACACUGAUUUCUCAGUGUCCCUGAAGUCCACAAACACCAACUACUGACACAUUUUAGUUGAUGACACCAGAGGGCUGCAGGUUUUCUGUUUUGUCAACUUUUCUUCAAGCUGUCACAACCUGGAUGUUGCAGCUGAAUAUCAAAGCAGCAACUCUCUGAAUCACUUUUUGAAUAUCACAGAAGGAAGUGUCAUACCACCAAGCCUGAAGCAAACUAUUAACCUCUGAACUAAAAGAAAGUAAAGUAUAUAGUCUCCUCCAGGUCAGGUACUCUUCAACUACAUGUUAGGACCAUAAGAGUUUGCCUGGUGGUGUCUGGUAGUUGAACCAUGUGAUAAAUCCCACACUGUUACUUAAACAAGAAUCUAGAGUAAAAGAGUCCCAGUUGAGGGUUUGGUCUUCACUCACUCAGAGACCCUGUUUAUAUUUGAUUUUUAAAUCUUGGAGGAUCAGAUCACACGUUGUCAGCCCUUAAUGUAGGUUGUUCUUAUCCAUGUGCUCAUACCACUUGCCAAGGUAAUCUGUUAAGUAUUUGAGCAUGUAUCUUCUUGGGGUAAAUGCUAAUGCAUUUUCCAUAAUAAUAAAGAAACUCCAUAGAUUAAUCAACGCAGGAUGCGAUGAUCUCUCCUGUGCCUGUUAUGCAAAUCAAAAAUAACUUUUUCUCAACAGAUUGGAUAUCAUGUACAUGUGUAAUAAUUCUUGAAACUUGUUUGUAUUCUUAGCUAGUUAAGUGUAAGCAGGUCUGGCCUCCCCCUGGCAUUACUCUGAUGUAAUAGAUUUACAUGAGGCCCUUUAACUCUGGAGAUGGUGGUGAUACAUUAAAGCAACACCUGUGCAUGGUCAUGUGUCUGUUUAAAUCGAAUAUAAACGGGGUUCAAGUGAAGACAAAGUCCUUCAUUUCAUCAUGGGUCACUUUCUAAUGCCGUCUGUUUCAGGUGUUGUUUCAGUGUUGGAGGACGACCUCUUUUAUGCUGCCUCAAUAGAUGCAUCUCAUGAAGCCUUCUUUGAACUGCCUUUCUUUUCUUACUUUCACUGAGCGCAUAAAAGAAAACAGAUUCAGGCAGAUUUAGGUAAGAAGACAGGAAAGAGGCAGACCGUCUGAGAUACAGAAUAAGUAUAACAGGGUUGAUUGAUGUUUUGGCAAACCAAAGUGCUCAUUGCUCACAAACAUGCUGUACAGUAAGUGUUGUGUGAUCAUGACUGCCAGUCAGCUGCUGGACUUUGCCCCAAUUGUGUUAAUUUUAAUUUUUGUAUUAUAAAUUCUAAAGGUUUACUUUAAUUCACUGCAGUUCUAUAGAUUUUUAUCUUCAAGCAUACCCAACAUCGACAUUAUAUUCAGAUAUCUUAUGACUUGCAGCCCUCUUACAUACGACCUGAUCCAGGUGUCUUGUGUAUAGUUUACUGACUGAGAGAAGAGAGUUGAAGACAGUAUCCCAGCAUUGAUAUAUUUUCAUGGUUUUAUUUUGUUACUUUUAUUAACAGUUGUAUUAUAUUUGUAGCACUUUACUUUUUUUCUUGUUUUCAAUUGAGAAACUCCUCUUUUAAGGUGGUCUUCCUGCAAUAUGAUAAGGGAUUGAAAAAGUGAGGUUAUAUUUUAUGUAGGAUUUUGAACAGAGGACACAUCGUGAUGCAUUUGUAUUUAAACAUAUGUAACACUUGGACACCUUUCUUAAACCAGUUUUUUUCCCAGUCACUCUGAAGACAUUUGAACACAUCUGUAGGGUUUCUUUUAGGUCCUUUUUUCUUCUUGAUUGCUGUUUUUUUUUUCCUUUAAUCCAUGUAAAUAACUUUGUUUGAAAUGCAUGUCAGUGUUUGCAUGAAUUUUAAAGGCAAAUAGAGCCCUUUGUCCCUAUGCCCUUCAUUUACCCUGCUUUGCACAGGUAAAUGUUAGUAGUAUAGAAAUCAACACCCACUGUGGUUUGAUGUUGUGUUGUGUUUCUGGUAUAUCAGAGCAACAUGAAAGGCAAACAGAGGGAAGCUGCAUAGAAACAAUUGAUGUAAAUGACCCGAUUGGACAAUAAAAGCUCAACAUUUUACCACCAGGGCUCUAAAAGAUUUAGACUUUUCUACUGGAAAUUAAUGUGUAAAAACAUCCGUUAUUAGUGUGCAGCCCAAAGUCAUAGGAGUAUAAGAAGCAUGUAUGACAUAGAAAUGAUUUGAUCAGAGCACAACCUCCCCUCCUCCCUCCUCCGCUCUAACCCAGCUGCAUGCGAUACAUUCUGUUUCUCUGUUUAUGAAGUCUUUUCUUUAGAUAACACAUAUUGAUUAGUAUCUUAACAUCUUUUUAUUCGUCUUAUUUUUUCACAUCAAACUGCCACAUAGCAUAUUACUUCUUAUUGUAUUUUAACAUUGCAAUUUGAUAUAAUUUUCUGUCUUUGUCCCUGGACGUGUGUUAUGUUUUGAACAAUCAUGUCACGGUGGUUUGUUCAAGGUUUAAUGAAAACUUAGGGUCUUCUUGUCAAACUACUGACCCACUUUGCUACCCUUCUUCUUCUUUGUCUCCCCUUUUUGACUUUUUCCCCCCUAUCAUUUGAGUAGCAUUGUUUGAAAAAAAGUCUGUCUUACAUCAGGGAUUAAGAGAGUCCAACAGUAGGAUUUAUUUACAAAAAUAUGCAUCUGAUGAUCAAAUGGCAGGAAACAGGAUAUUUUAUGACAAUAUGUUACUGAAAAGACUGAUGCUGAACUCUUUCUGGAGAAGUUAUCUGUUAUAUUCUUUUGUGCUUGAAAGUGGACAGAUGUUUUUUUAUAUUACUUGCAGUUAUUGUAGGAGCCUAAAGACGCAGCUCAGAUGAGUUGUUGACUACUAUGACAGAUUGCAGAUAUAAAUUUGACCUGUAUUUCUUAUGUGAGAGUCUGUUAUUAAACAUGGAGCUGAAUUCUC